UUCAUCUCAUCUCCUCUUGCAAGUAAUCAAACACUUUAGCCUUCGUUUGUGUUUCAACCAGCAAUGGCCGAAGGAAUCGCCUUUGAGAUCGCCGGAUGGCUCAUUUGUGAACUGAGCUCCCAUGUUAUGGAGCAACUUGGCUUGUGGUGGAAUUUCAAAGACGACCUCGACGACCUCAAAAGCACCUUCUCCGAUAUCAAAGACGUGCUUCUCGACGCGGAAAAGCAGUCCGUGACCAGAGAAAGCGUCAAAAAAUGGCUUGCAAAGCUGAAAGAUGCUAUGUACGACGUUGACGACAUGCUGGAUGAUGUCCGUACCGAAGCCUUGCGGAAGAAUCUGAUGAGUGGGAACAAGUUCACCAAAGAGGUACGCGUUUGCUUCUCGAGAUCGAACCCGUUUAUUUAUGGUCUCAAAAUGGGACGAAAAAUCAAGGCCAUCAAGGCCAGAUUUACUUCCAUUCAAAGUCAGGCCAACAUGUUGAACUUGGUUCAGCGUGACCAUCCUGUGGAAACCUCUUUCAUGGACAAAAGGAGGCAGCAAUCGCACUCUUUUGUUUCGAAAGGCGAAAUUAUUGGGAGGGACGAUGACAAAGCAGCUCUUCUAAGACUCUUGUUGGAGUUUCAAAGUGAAGAGAAUGUUUAUGUCAUUCCGAUUGUGGGGAUCGGAGGCUUAGGCAAGACUGCGUUGGCGCAGUUGGUCUAUAACGACGAAAUGGUUAAAAACCACUUCGAGUUAAGGAUUUGGGUCUGUGUUUCUGAUGUUUUUUAUGUGAGAACAAUUGUGGAAAACAUCAUUAAAUCUGUAACUGAUCAAGAACCUGGUAAAAAUCUCGAAAUGGAUCAACUGCAAAAACAACUUCGGGACAAAAUUGACGGGAAAAAAUAUUUGCUUGUCUUAGAUGACAUUUGGAAUGAGGAGAGGGAACUAUGGAUUAGCUUAAAGAAGUUACUGAUGGGUGGAGCCAAAGGAAGUAGGAUAAUCGUAACUACUCGCUCUACGAGGGUAGCUAAGGUUACUAGUAAAUGUCAGCCACAUGUUCUGAGAGGCUUGUCUGAUGAUGAUGCAUGGUUUUUGUUCAAAGAAAUAGCAUUUGAACAAGGAUCUGCAGAUUCGACAAAUUCAGGCUUUGUGGAAAUAGGAAAGCAGAUUUUGGAAAGGUGUCAUGGAGUUCCCUUGGUUAUAAGGACUAUAGCUAGUACCUUAUCUUUUAAAGAAACUGAAACUGAGUGGCUUUCUUUCAAAGAUAAUGAACUUGCUAGAAUAUCUCAAAGAGACGGUGAGAUUUUGCCUACACUUAGGUUGAGUUAUGAUCAUCUCCCAUCUCAGUUGAAGCAUUGCUUUGCUUAUUGCAGACUGUACCCAAAAGAUCAUGAAUUUGAUGUGCAAAUACUUGUUCGAAUGUGGAUUGCACUAGGGUUUGUAAAACAAUCAAAUUUGAGUCGAUCUCUUGAAGAGAUUGGGUUCGAGUAUUUUAAAUGUCUGGUUGAAAGAAGUUUCUUUCAAGAGGUAGAAGAAGAUGAACGUCGGGGUGUAACAUGUAAAAUGCAUGAUUUGAUGCAUGAUCUUGCUGAAUCGGUAGCAGGGAUGGAGAGCUGCAUUCUAGAUUCAAAUUCAAAUUCAAUUACAAGUGAGAUUGAUGAGAAAUGUCGUCACGUAUCGAUUGAUUUUUCAUUGAUUCAUUUGAUCAAGGGAAAGAAAUUGCGGAGUUUGUUAAAAUUUUCAAGCAGAGAUGAAUGUAUGAAUGAUGCAAAUUGGGAUUUAAUAAUUUCAAAUGGUAGAUGCUUGCAUGUUUUAGAAUUAUAUAAAUUAGAACUUGAUACAGUCCCACGUUCCAUUCAUAAGUUGAAACAUUUGAGGUACCUUGAUCUGUCAUUCAAUUAUCAUCUUAAGAUCCUUCCAAAGAGUAUUUGCAAGAUACAAAAUUUGCAAGUGCUGAAACUUGAUUUUUGUCGCCUACUUAAAUUGCCAAAGAAGAUUGAAAACUUGGUGAACCUUACCCAUCUUCCGUGUGCUCAUUGUGCCUUAACUCAUAUGCCACGUGGAAUAGGGAAGCUGACUUCGCUUCAGACGUUAAGCAUGUUUGUUGUGGAUAAAGACGGUUCCCAUGGUGCUGCUGCUGCGGAUCUAAGUGAAUUGAGUCAGCUCAACAACCUGAGGGGAGAGCUAACAAUAAGAAAUUUGGGAUUCGUGAAAAAUGCAAGAGAGAAGUUUAAAGCUGCUAAUUUGAAAGGGAAGCAACAUCUACGAGAACUGAAUUUAGAAUGGAGCGGAGAUAGUGAAGAUGAAGAGAAGUCACUUGAAGACCUCCAGCCCCAUCCUAAUCUGAGGGAGCUCCUCGUGAUAGGAUGGAGGGGCGAUGCCAAGUUCCCAAGUUGGAUUUCUUUGCUCACGCAUCUGGUGGAUAUUAAAAUAUGGGGUCCCAGUAAAUUUAAACAUCUCCGUUCCUUUUCUCGAUUGCCACAUCUUCAACUGCUUAUCAUUUUUAAUCUAUCUGAGCUGGAGUCCAUGGACGGCAGUGAGCCCAGUGGAGGACAAGAUGAAUCAGAAUCAUUCUUCCCGUCGCUUAAGCGUCUUCACCUCAAGGAAUGCCCAAAUAUGAAGAGUUGGUGGAGGAAAAGCCCGAUCGACGAUGAUAAGGAUGACGACAAGGAUAGAAGAGCAUCAACCAUGGCAUUUCCUUGUCUCUCCUAUUUACGCAUUGAAAAUUGCCCUUUGAGUUCAAUGCCCUUGUAUCCAUCAGUCGAAGAUGAGCUAAUCUUGGUGAAUACCAGUUCAAGGCCAUUAAAGCAUACCAUUCAAAUGAGCGACACUACACCGUCAACCUCAUCUCUCCCUCUCUCCAAAUUGAAAUAUUUCAAAGUGGGGAAUAUUCAUGAAGAACUGGACUACGACAUGCUAAACGAAUUCCUGCAAAAGAUGACUUCUCUUGAGCAUCUGGAGAUUAUUGAACUUCCACAGCUGGCGUCUCUUCCCCUUUGCCUCCAGCAUCUUGUUCAGUUGAAAAAACUAGAAAUCAAGAAUUGCAGUGGAUUGAGGUCACUCUUUCCUGGAUUCCAACAUCUAACAAAUCUAAAAGAGCUUCGUCUAGUAGAUUUGCCGAAUUUAACAUCGCUUCCGUACGAGAUGCAUGGCCUAACCAGUUUGGAAGAGUUGGAUAUACUAAAUGUGCCCCAGUUGGAGGAAAGAUGUAGGAAGGACAGUGGUGCCGAUUGGCAUAAGAUUGCUCACAUCCCACUCAUUCUGGUGAAUAAGAUUUUCAAAACCACCCUGCCUUGUUCGAUUUUUCCGAAGAAACUGAACAUCGGCAACAACAAAGGUAGUGGAGAUCAAACGAUUUGCUUGAAUAUGAAGUACUUGGUCAGAUUCCAUCACUUUCAUUCACAAUCUGGGAUUCUCCUCCAUUUCUCGAGACAUAAGCCUCUCGCUCUUCAUUUUUCAUCACUCUCCAAAUCAUCAAAACAAACGAAGAAAGCCCAACAAGCUGAAACUUGUAGAAUCCCAUCACUCUUCCAGGAAAUAACUGAUAUUUUAGGAUCUGUUAAUGUUACUCCAGAUGAAACCAAAUCUGGGUUUUCAAUAACUCCACGAAACACAGCCAGUGAGCUUGAGUUUAUAGAACAAUCGUUGUCUAGAAGGCCGGGGUUUACCCCACGAACCAAUGCCAGGGAGUCAGAGUUUAUAAAACAAUCGUCGUCUGGCAGGCCAGAUGUUUAUCAAAAUGCCCAGGAGAAGAGUGAAUUGGUGGGAACAGAGGAGAAUGUAACGGCUUUGGAUGAUACCCGGAUGGGGAAUUCAGUCGAAUUCGAUGUUAGUCCAGUGGUUCAUGAGAUAACUAUGAUAGUUAGAGCUGGAAACGCCUCGAUUUCCAUGGAGGAACAAUUAGAUAAAUCAGGGUUUUCUUUUGAACCUGAAGUUUUCAAUACCAAGUAA